AUGGGAGGCUGUAUGUCAACGCCCGAGUCACCUAAGCAUUCUACAGAAACCAAACAAGUCGCUCCUGCAACAUCCAAAUCACCUCAAACAAAUCUAAACCCUUCAUCACCUGCACAACAGAACAAUGGAGUAGCUACACCGACAACCGCGAAUGGUCAAGGCUUAGCGGCUGCCUUGGCCUCGACGGAGCCACCACAGCCGGAGAGAGGGGAUAAGAACAGGAGUAACAUGAUUGACAGACAGUUGGAGGACGAUUCGAAGAAGUUUAAGAGAGAGUGUAAGAUUCUAUUGUUAGGUUCCGGAGAAUCAGGUAAAUCGACUAUCGUAAAGCAAAUGAAGAUCAUCCACCAAAACGGAUACAGUCGUGAAGAAUUACUAAGCUACCGUCAGGUGAUACAUAAAAAUGUACUUGAUUCAGCUCAAGCAUUAAUCAUGGCGAUGAGGAAGAUUGGAGUUGAUCCAGAGGAUGCUAAUAACAGAGUGUACGCUGAUCGAAUUUUGGAAUAUCGAAUGGAAACCGACCAAUUAUCGGUGCUACCUUCUGAAAUUUUACAUAACGUGGAUUCAUUAUGGCAUGACCCAGUGAUUCCAGCAGUAAUGGAUCGAUCAUCCGAGUUCUACUUGAUGGACUCUGCAACGUAUUUCUUUGCCAAUCUUCGCAAAGUUGGUGCACCAGAUUACGUGCCUGACGAAGCAGAUGUCCUGAGAGCGAGAACGAAAACCACCGGUAUUAGUGAAACGAGAUUCAAUAUGGGUCAACUGAGUAUUCAUAUGUUUGACGUUGGUGGUCAAAGAAGUGAAAGGAAGAAGUGGAUCCAUUGUUUCGAAGCUGUGACAUCGAUUAUAUUCUGUGUAGCAUUAUCAGAAUACGAUCAAGUACUACUGGAAGAAUCAGGGCAAAAUCGAAUGCAGGAAUCUUUGGUGCUGUUCGAAUCAGUAAUCAACUCGAGAUGGUUCUUGAGAACUUCGGUGAUUCUCUUCUUGAACAAGAUCGAUUUGUUCAAACAAAAGUUACCAAAAAUACCUUUGGUACAAUACUUCCCAGAAUAUACUGGUGGUGCCGAUAUAAAUAAGGCUGCCAAAUAUAUUUUAUGGAGAUUCACCCAGACCAACAGAGCGCGAUUGUCUGUUUACCCACAUCUGACACAAGCGACAGAUACAUCUAAUAUCCGAUUAGUGUUCGCCGCUGUGAAAGAGACAAUCCUUCAAAACGCUCUACGUGACUCCGGUAUCCUAUAA